AUGGGUGAAGAUUUUAUGCACCCACCGUUUCAAACGUACCCUUCAAAGAACAGUGAAGGGAAAAAACAUAUUGUCAUUGUAGGUGGCGGUAUCAUUGGUUGCUGUACCGCGUACUAUUUGACCCAGCAUCCAAGUUUCAGCCCUUCGACCCACCAUAUUACCAUCAUCGAAUCAAGGCGUAUUGCUGGAGGGGCUUCUGGUAAAGCAGGUGGCUUACUUGCAUCUUGGGCCUUCCCUCACCAGAUUGUACCUUUAAGUUUCCAGCUACAUCAGGAAUUGAGUGAUCAAUAUGACGGAGAGAACAACUGGGAUUACAGAAGAUUAACGACCGUAUCCUUAGAAGCUGACGUCCGCGAGGAAGUCAUUGAAAACUACGAGAAACUGAGCAAAAAGGCAUAUAAUCUGAAUGUCCCGCCCCCAAAGAAGAGACCGGGUUACGUAUCCAGUAAGUUUAACAUUGGGGAUUCCAAUUCGUCUUUGAGCUCUUCGGGCUCUUCUUUAAAGAACGACACGGCCAGUAACGAAGAAGAAGGAUCCGAAGUUCAUGUUUCUAGCUCGGUACCCAGCUUACAUUCUCUAACAAAUGAGCGCAUGAGGAGCCACACAAAUAGCGCAUCUGAUCUCGAUUCUGUAAGCCCUGCAGAGCAACUUAGAGAGACCAAUAUUCAUAAUCCUUUGCCGACUGACUUGAAUUGGAUAAGGAGAGAAUUGGUUAAUGAUUGGUCAUCACUAGGUGGCACUGAUACCACAGCACAGCUUCAUCCCUAUAAAUUCACCCAUUUCAUCUUAUCGAAGGCAAUGGAAACGGGGGCCGUCGAUCUGCUAUUGGGGAAGGUAGUUGGGGUAAAGUGUGACGAGAUGGAUUGUGUUCAUUCCCUUAAAUAUCUUCCAUCUGUCGUCAAGAAUCGCAGAAAUAGCAGAGGUCAUGCAGAAAAUUCAGAUAUCAAGCUGGGCACAAUCUUCAAUGAUGAGAACGCAAAGCCUAUUGAGAUCAAUGACAUCCAGCAGAUUGUUUUGAGUAUGGGGCCUUGGACUUCCAAAAUUCUAAAAGAUUGUCCAAUCUCUGGAUUAAGAGCUCACUCUGUUACCAUCAAGCCUAGCGAAAAGACAGUUUCACCAUAUGCUAUUCUUGCUGAACUAAAAGUCAAUGACCGUGAAUUUUUCUCCCCUGAAAUGUAUGCAAGAAAAGAUGAAGUUUAUGUGUGCGGCGAAGGCGACACUUUGGUCAAUAUACCUGAAAGUUCGGACGAUGUGGAGGUGGUUUCAGAGAAGUGUGAUGAAUUGUACCAUUACGUAUCCAAAUUAUCGCCAACUCUAUCAAAGGGCCAUCUUUUGCGGAAACAAGCCUGCUUUUUACCAGUGUUAAACGUUCCUACAAGUUCAGGUCCUUUGAUUGGUGAGACAAAUGUCAAAGAUCUUUAUAUCGCAAGUGGACACUCUUGCUGGGGUAUUAACAAUGCACCGGCAACAGGAAAAUUAAUGGCCGAAAUUCUCCUUGAUGGCGAAGCAACCUCUGCGGAAAUCUCAAGUCUGGAUCCAAAGUUAUAUUUUGAUGCUACCAUACUCCCUUAA